AUGUUAGAAAAACCGCCGAACAAACGCCAGCACACCCCGUAUGCCUUGCUCGACGAGAGUGACUUGGCCAAGAGAGCCUGUCUCGAACAGCCGAGUUUUCUUGACACCUCGAGGCUUCAAGAGCCCGCUUGGCUGAAUCCGAUAUCUUCUUCCAAUCCGAGCCAGCGGAACUCAUUCAGUCCGUUUGAAUUGAGCGAUACAGGAAGUUCGCGGCUAUCUCCCCUUGGCCAUCAACCAAUUGGUAACGAGGAUGCCGCCAUGCUAUCGGACAAUGAGUCUGAUCAGUGCUGUUUUGGAGAGCUUCUAAUCGAUUUUUUGUCACUGGCCACGUUGAGUGAAGAUCUCUCACAUGUUCCCAUUGAGCUCCGAUUCUCAGGCCACGUCAUAAGCCUUCAUAUUGAAGGGUCUGGUAACUAUAUGGGCCGUAUAGAAUCCAAGGCUAUAGUCGAUCUCGUGGAGGACUACCAAGUGACCCUUGCCACCACUUUAGAAUGCCCACCUGUCAAAAAGAAGAAGUCUACUGAUUCAUUUCAAACACCAAAAACACUCCACAUUGUCGUCUACGGGUUGCGAAAGGACAUGAACGAAAUUGGUGACAUCCUGGAAGACUCCGAACUCUUUCUCCAGCAUCCCACCGAGUACGACACUCGUUUGGAGUAUUUGAACCCUCAGUACCUUCUACGACCCGGCGCAACUAUCCCCAGAGCUGAUAGUGCGACUUUCCAAGCGAUUGCAAAACAUCAUUCACCUGAACAAGUUAUGGAGGAAAAGGCGAAGAGCGAAGUCCAUCGGGUGUUUGACUCUGCCAGUGGACCGUCGACUUUUACGCAAGUACAACCAAGUUCCAGGCUAAGAACGAGUCUGCAAGAACAUCAAAAGAAGGCCCUGGCGAUGAUGGUCGAAAAGGAUCUUGGCUUGCUUGAUAAUACGACAUUUCCUUCCUUGUGGGAUCCCGUUACCACAUCAAAUGGCCGCGUAGAGUAUCGCCAUGCAAUCACGGGGCGUAACGAAGUGAAACCCGCACCAUUGUGUGGGGGUAUCCUUGCCGAUGAUAUGGGACUUGGAAAGACCUUGAGUACUCUCGCUUUGAUCAGUUGGUUCCUGGAUGUCAUGGACAAUAGAUCCAAUCUAACCUCCCUUUUAUCUAUCCCUUCAUGGCAGGAGCAGAUCACAAGGCACAUUGUACCCGAUCAGAUUCGAGUGGUGCUUUUCCAUGGCCAUAUAAGACACAGAUUGGCCAAGUCUCUCAUGGAGCACGAUGUUGUUCUCACCACUUACGGAACGCUACAAUCUGAAUGGAGGUCAAAGAAAGGAGAUUCUCCUCUGUUCACACAGACAUGGGCACGAGUCGUACUUGACGAAGCUCAUCAUAUCCGUGGGCGGUCUACGCAAACUUUCAGGGCCGUCACUGCCUUACGGACCAGUCGAAGAUGGUGCCUUACUGGCACGCCCAUACAAAACCAUCUCGACGACUACGGGGCUUUACUAAGCUUCAUCGGAGUCCCACAAUUCAUCAGUAAAUCAGUAUUUGACUUCUGGAUAACGAAGCCGGUCGUCCAGGGCACUGCUGAAGGACUCAGAAGGCUGAAACUACUUGUUAGUUCCACUUGUCUCCGCAGGACCAAAGACAGUGUGAGUGAAACCCUGAAUCUUCCUGAUCGCAAGGUACACGAGUGUGUUGUACAGCUGGAUCCCGAAGACAGAGAGCUGUAUGAUUUCUUCAAGGGAAACGCUUCGCACUUGAUUGCCAAUAGGAGGGUUGGCCACUCAAAUACUGCUGAAACUACGGGGAGCAUACUUCCGAUUAUCAACACCCUAAGACUCAUCUGCAAUCAUGGACCGAGGCUCCUCCCGAAUUUUGCCCUUGAGGCUUGGAACCAUCGAAACAACCCAAAUUUGGAUUCAAAUUUGGCUGCAAGCAAGUUUGGGCUCUGUAUUUCUUGCGGCGUGGAAGCAUUACCUAACGAGACGGAAUCGGAAUUCGCCUGUUCUCAUUUCCUUUGCUCCAAAUGCGUAGAUUCAGACGAAAGAUAUCAACUCUCACUUGAUAGCGUUCUCUGUCAAAGCUGUACCAAGGAUGGGGACUUAGCGGUUACCGACAAAGCUAUAGAAGAGGAAAAUUAUCGACCAUCUGCCAAGAUAAGAGCACUCAUACCCAAUCUUCAUGCAGAGCAACAGGGCAACCCUCCCACGAUGGGUAAUAAACCUAUCAAGAGCGUUGUGUUCACAUUUUGGAGAAAAAUGCUAAACUUGCUUGAAAUUGCCCUUCGAGGCGAGGGUUUCAAGUUUGCGCGAAUAGAUGGCCAAAAGUCUUUGGUGGAAAGGACUUCGGCCCUGAGAUCAUUUCGUAAUGACGACAGCUGCACUGUGAUGAUUGCCACGAUAGGGAGUAUUGGCGAAGGGGUAGACCUAACCGCCGCCAACUUCGUCCACCUGCUUGAGCCGCAUUGGAACCCAAUGCUUGAGGAGCAAGCACUAGACCGAGUACAUAGAAUGGGUCAAACCAGACAUGUCAUUGCGAUCCGCUACAUUACAAAUCACUCGAUAGAGAUGUUGGUCAAGGAGAUUAAGGAGAGAAAGCUGGAUCUUAUAAGCAGCUCCCUGGGUCAUCUAGCCGGGCUAGUUGAUACACAAAAUCAGUGUGACUGUAGGCCUCAUUUUUAA